GUUGGUGGCUGCCCCACUGUAGUUGUGGAUCUGUCCCUGUUAGCAGCGCCAAUAAUGGCUUUUCAAUAUGAACAGUCCGUAGAGAUAUGCAAGAAACAGCAAGGUUUCUUCGGCUCCUACUACACCGCAACGCUUCUCGCCGCCGUCGGUAGAAACCGCUAUCUGAUACGCUACGAAACCCGUUUCUCUGAAGACAAAACGCGACUCCUGGUCGAACCCGUUGACGCCGAUGAGGUCAGGCCUUUCCCACCCCCUGUUCCUUACACCAAUUUCUUCGUCUCCGAUAGGGUUGAUGCCUAUAUCGAUGACGCUUGGUGGGUCGGAAGUGUCACAACCAAAGUCGAUCCUAACUACAGAGUGAGGCUCGAUUCCACCGGGGAUGAGGUGCAUUGUGCUUUCUACAGACUCAGGCUCCAUCUUGAAUUUCAAGACGGUCAAUGGUUGUAUAUCAAAGAUGGGCCUCAAACUGAUAGUCACCAAGGGAAUGCUGGAGAACAAGGAGAGCAGCCACCAAAUGAUGGCUACCAAACAAACGCAGAUUGGCAGCAAAGCUAGUUUUGGAAUUCCACGCUUGCCAUAGUGGUAGCAGAUCUAUCUAUAUAGAGGACAUUAGUACAUUCUCGGUUCAUAUUGUUUCCCAUUGCAUAAAUUUCAGUGGUCUGGAAGUUUAUUUGAAAUAGCAUUUGAUGAUUAUCAAUGGGAAGGUAUAAUUAUUCAAGUUUGUUAAUUCUGAUCCGAUGGUACAGUGUUUUGCAUUCUUAUGAAUUGUAUUCAUUUUGGUACAUGGUUUUUAUGAAUUGUAUAUACUUACGCUUCUCCUUGCUGUUGCCUGCUGGUUUAGCUUCGUUCCUCUUGGUCAAAUUUGAACUGAAUAUCUAGAUGAAUAUUGGGGAAGACUAUUAAUGGUCAAUAGUUAAUGUGAAACAUCUUGUAUACGUUUGUGUGUUUACACUGGCUUCCAUCUUAUUUUCCCCUUUGUGUCUUUUGUUGAAAUAGUUUAUCUAGUUUAUGAAACUGAUAAAAUUACUGGGAAAUCGCCAAAUCGAAUACGAAAUUGCCAUAGAGCAUGAUUUUCAGCUGAAGUUAUCUGACAAACAGACUUGAGCACAAGGGGCCGCUUAAUUCUCAAGUUCUUGUAUCAUCUUCAAAGCACCUUUACCAUAUUAAAUCUUCCAUGCACAAAUUGCUUGUAUGUCGUCUGCAUCGACCUUGCUCUGAACAAUCUCUGUAGGUCUUAUCUCUCUGCCAUCUUCUUCAUCCAGGCCGUUGAUCAACUUGCCCCGAUCUAGUUUCGAUUGACUUAAUUUGAGCCUUAUCCAUGAUUGAUUUUUACCUAGUAACAUAGCACAGGGAAUCCCCAUGAUGAUCAGUUGAUCUGAUCAUUGAUACAUAUCUCUGGGGAUUCUGACCAGCAUGAUUUGAGUAA